GCUACUUUUAAGUCUACGAACCCGAUCACUUCACAUACAUUUCAUUAGAAACCCACAAGCAGCUGCAGUACUAUACCAGCAUUAUCGACGGUGCAGAAUACAUUGUAAAGCAUACUGAAAAUACAAAGUCUAUUAGUAUUUUAUUCGGAGAAUACAAACGAUAACAGCUGCAAUAUUUCUCCCCAAGUAACAUAUUCCGUAAGCCCCGAAAGAUACCAUUUGCGUUGUUUUCUUAAGAGCGUCGUUUUGCAGGCAUCUGUUUACUUCCGCGAAAGCCGCACCGGAGCAAAGCGAGCGUCGUGCCCGAAACGCGAUGAAUUCAGAAACCGUGUAAAAUCCCGACAGGGUGGACCGAGGGGCAGGGAACGCUACGAGGCUUCAAAAUCUAAAAUACUUAUGUAAUACUUCUUUCAAGUGUCGGAUGGAUUUUUUUUCAAAUCAAAUACACUUUAUUUCUCAAAACGCAUUUCACAGUAGAUACACGUUCUAACAAACGAUUAAAGCUAACAUCAAAUAGACACAACUUCCUAACAGGCGGUGAUCGUCCAUUAUCAGUCCUUGCACGUGGAUGAUGGGGCCGGAUUUGCGCAAUGAGAGAGUCCCUACGAGCCCUAUCACUUACUUUUGCCCAUUCCCCUGUCCCGGCUCUGAAAAGGCGGAGCAGCAGCUCAGGUGACAGGGAUUUCCACUAGUCUUCACGGAUGCGUACUUAUCGGCCCCGAGUCCACAAACGAAUAGGGUGGAGUUGGACUGCACCACAGUGCGCUAUUAGAAAGGGGCCCCCCAUUGGUGAAAACGCGCCUGCUUGCGUCGCCCGGAGGUGGAGUCACUAUUGAGCGCUCGGCACUAUUUAUGAAAGAUUCCAGAACAGCUGCUGCUAAGUUUUUCUUGGUCAGGGCAGUAAAAGCAGCUGAACUUUCUGACUGACUGUUACUGGGAUAAAACUAACGAGCCAGCAUGCCCUCCAACUUCCUCACGCCGUUCUUGGAGUUGGAUGACGAGUUUUGCAAGAACUUCCUCAGUCUGGACAUGACAGAUGGCGUAGCGCCCGGAGCUCAGAAGAGGACUGUGAGCUUUCAGCGCCGGCACUCCAUGUCCCCCGUCUCCCUCCCCAACUCCAAGUUCAACAGCGGCAGCGCGGACCAGCUGAGCGAACCGGUGAGCUGGCCCGUGCAGCCCGGCAGCCAGAGCUGGAGCCGGGACCUGCAGCAGCAGUUCCCCAGGUCGUGUCUCAGCCAGAUUCCGUUUCGGGUCGACCGCUCGGUCAGCAUGAUCGAGAGCCAGGUGAGCAACUUCGGGAGCGCCGGGCAGGGGGCUGCGCCGUCUCCCGCAGUCCUGCCGCCGCCUCCCGGGCUGAGCGCCAGCGCUUCUUCGCUGUCGCCUACCAAGUCGCCCGCUUCCACUCCCCCCGUCUCGUCCCGCUACAAGACCGAGCUGUGCCGCACCUACGAAGAGAGCGGGAACUGCAAGUACGGGGCCAAGUGUCAGUUCGCCCACGGGCUGGAGGAGCUGCGAGGCCUGAGCAGGCACCCGAAGUACAAAACGGAACCGUGCCGCACUUUCCACACGAUCGGCUUCUGCCCGUACGGUGCCCGCUGUCACUUCAUCCACAACGCGGACGAGCAGCGCUCCGCCCAGGCGCCCAGCGGUCCUCAGCCGCCGCGGGGGCGCCCGCAACUGCUGCGCCAAAGCGUCAGCUUCGCCGGCUUCUCGUCCCCGGCGCUCUCCGGCUUCCACAGCGCCCAGGAGCCUCUGACGUUCUCCAGGGCCUCCUCGGUCUCCCCCCCGCCUUCCACUGGAAGCCCCGACCUCCUCUCUCCCAUCUUUCCCGAGCCUGGAGCUCUGAAGCACGGCUACCAGUUCGGCGGGGACGCGGGCGGCGACCAGCCGCUCACUCCUCGCUUUUGCGCGGUCAGCGACUCCCCCUGCGCUCACUGCGCUCAGCCUCCUGCCGGCCAGAACAGGCACAGAACUGCCUUCACUUUCCCGGGCUUGCCUUUGCUCCAGAGAAGCGCCUCCGCCGACUCCCUCUCGGACCAGGAGGGCUACACCAGUUCCAGCAGCCUCAGUGGCUCCGAAUCUCCCAGCUUCGAGUCCAAACGCCUCCCGAUUUUCAGCCGCCUUUCCGUAUUGGACGACUAGAGGAGCUUGACCAUUUAAAGUGCAUAUUGCAUUUUCUCUGAAGCAGUUUCGCCACUGCCUUGUUUUAUACGCGUGACUUUUUUUUUUUAUCCAGACACUGUAUACUGUUGUAUACCCCUUUAGCUACUAUGGGUACCGUUAAAUUAGCUUUAAACUUUUUUUUAAUAUUGUCUUUCAGCGAAAGUAACAAGAAAGUUCUGUUUAAGAAUUUUCCGUACCCAUUUUUGUACUUUUUAAUAAUGAAUGCGAUAAAAAAAUAACUAACUAGGGCUUGUGUAGAGACUAAUACACAUUGUAAAUGUCUGUUCAUGUCACUUACGUGUAGUGGCUUUGUAUCCACGUUUAAUGUCACACAAACAACUUCAAAACCGUGGUUUAUUCCACACCUGAGCCCUUAUAGUUUGUGUUGCCAAAGCUAAUUAGAAGAUCCGAGGUUAAUAGAGUUAAUAUGUCUCUGUUUAUUCCAAAAUGUAUGUAAAGUGUAGCCUUUAGUAAAGGCAUCUUUAAAGACAGUAUUAUUGACUAGCCUACCAUUUUAGUGCUUUCUAUUUAUUGGUAUUUUUUGUCCUAAAACAGUAUUGCUUGUAUUGUUUUCUUACUGUGUGAAAAUGUUACUGUUUCUUUUUUAAUGCAAUGUUAAAUAGAGGCUUUAAAGAGUUCAUCUUUGUUUUGGGCUAUUUUGUAGCUUUAUGGGGGAAAAAACAGACUUCCUUGAAUGUAGGAAACGAGCUCAGGAUGUUGACUAAGGAGAGGUUAGGAGCUUCCUCUAAACUGGAGAAAACUAAUUUUCAGCUGUAAUAGAUCUCAAGAAACCAUAGAUCCAGAGCCAAACUGAUUGUUCUUGUUACCCAAACUGCCAUUUUUUAGUUUUAGAACUGCUGUUUCCAAUUUAACCCAUGUUCACAGCAAACAGUCCUUAGAAACUUCUGAAGUAAUAGAAGAGUGUCAAAAGUAAUUUUCGAUGAAUUUCAGCAGCUUGCAUAUGUUCAGAAGCACGGAAUGUAAAAAGGUGAAUAUGCCAAUGCAUUUUGCAGUACUGGGGGGUUACAUGGCACUCAGAAGACAAGAGUUGUGAGGCUGUUGUGGUAAACUGGUUCCAAAACAAUACAAACUAAGAAGACAAAUCCUUUCAGACGUGUAAAAAAUUAUGCCAUUGGAGAAAAUGGAUGCUUCCAUUUAGUCCCUGAAUUGUACAACUUCUAUCCUUCCUUUAAGUUGCUUAUAGUUUUGUAAGAAAACAAAAUUUUGUAUGUAUACCUGCAUCAGACAUUACUUUUUUUUAGUUUUUGAUCUAGUGCAAACUUAGCCAAGAAGGAUAUUAUACUGUGUAACUCUUGCCUUAACUUCAUGACAGGAAAAAAAAAA